GAGGAGGAGGGGCAUGGGGAGGAGGAAAACGGCAGGAUCGCGCCGGUUGGCCGAGCUGACUCCUGUAUGGCCCACACCCCUGUGAGGUCACUGGAGUAAGUCAUCUCAGAAAGAGUAUUCCCUUUAUAGUGCACCACUUUUGACCAGAGCCCUAUGGAUCCUGGUCAGAAGUAGUGCACUAUAUAGGGAAUAGGGUGCCAUUUGGGGCAGAACCAGAGCUCUCUUGUCUGCUUCUCUCUCAACGUAACUACCUCUCUGAUCACCUGACGUUGAUCCCUAACAAGUACAGGAAUAACAUUCACCUGUAGCAGGAGAAUAUUAGUAUUUACAUUUUAGUCAUUUAGCAGACGCUCUUAUCCAGAGCGACUUAGUGAGUGCAUACAUUUUUUAUUUAUUUAUUUAUUUAAUUUUUCUCCAUACUACCAGUUAGUACCAGUUAACUAACUAGAUUUAGGCCAAGAAAUAAUGCAUUCCACAGGUUUGGAGAAAAUCUUUUUAAACCCCUGGCUAAUGUUCUUUUAAGGAACUCAAACAUAAACAUCAUCAUAACCAUCAAAUGUACCCAUGUACUGAUCCAUUGUCCUGGGGAUAUUAAUAACACUCUGUUUUCUAACUGUCAUCUCUCUUGCAUGCCAUCAGUCUAAUCUGCAGGUACAGUAUGGUAUUGAUAUUAUUUCACCCAAUAAGAAAGGCGUCCUCACCUCCCAAUAGAAUACAAUUAUGUUUUUAUGCAUAUAACCUUUAUCCUAAAGGUAAUAGAAACAUGUAUACAAAGCACCAACCUAUGGAAACUCAAGGGGUUAGAGGUCAAAGAAUACAAGAACAACACUAUUUUUUUAAAAGGAAUUUGAUACAGUUAACUGUACAAUUUAGGCUUAUUUACAAGAACAACACAAUUUUUUUAAAGGAAUUUGAUACAGUUCACUUGUCUCCGAUUUCCCAAUAAAAAUCCUAUCUGAAAGACUAUCUGAAGGUCUAGACAUAAAUAUGUAAAGAUAUGAUAUGUAUAACUAUGUAUACAUAGUAUACAGUGGGGAGAACAAGUAUUUGAUACACUGCCGAUUUUGCAGGUUUUCCUACUUACAAAGCAUGUAGAGGUCUCUAAUUUUUAUCCAAAAUCCAGAAAAUCACAUUGUAUGAUUUUUAAGUAAUUAAUUUGCAUUUUAUUGCAUGACAUAAGUAUUUGAUACAUCAGAAAAGCAGAACUUAAUAUUUGGUACAGAAACAUACGUUUCCUGUAGGUCUUGACCAGAUUUGCACACACUGCAGCAGGGAUUUUGGCCCACUCCUCCAUACAGACCUUCUCCAGAUCCUUCAGGUUUCGGGGAUGUCGCUGGGCAAUACGGACUUUCAGCUCCCUCCAAAGAUUUUCUAUCGGGUUCAGGUCUGGAGACUGGCUAGGCCACUCCAGGACCUUGAGAUGCUUCUUACGGAGCCACUCCUUAGUUGCCCUGGCUGUGUGUUUCGGGUCGUUGUCAUGCUGGAAGACCCAGCCACAACCCAUCUUCAAUGCUCUUACUGAGGGAAGGAGGUUGUUGGCCAAGAUCUCGUGAUACAUGGCCCCAUCCAUCCUCCCCUCAAUACGGUGCAGUCGUCCUGUCCACUUAGCAGAAAAGCAUCCCCAAAGAAUGAUGUUUCCACCUCCAUGCUUCACGGUUGGGAUGGUGUUCUUGGGGUUGUACUCAUCCUUCUUCUUCCUCCAAACACGGCGAGUGGAGUUUAGACCAAAAAGCUCUAUUUUUGUCUCAUCAGACCACAUGACCUUCUCCCAUUCUUCCUCUGGAUCAUCCAGAUGGUCAUUGGCAAACUUCAGACGGGCCUGGACAUGCGCUGGCUUGAGCAGGGGGACCUUGCGUGCGCUGCAGGAUUUUAAUCCAUGACGGCGUAGUGUGUUACUAAUGGUUUUCUUUGAGACUGUGGUCCUAGCUCUCUUCAGGUCAUUGACCAGGUCCUGCCGUGUAGUUCUGGGCUGAUCCCUCACCUUCCUCAUGAUCAUUGAUGCCCCACGAGGUGAGAUCUUGCAUGGAGCCCCAGACCGAGGGUGAUUGACCAUCAUCUUGAACUUCUUCCAUUUUCUAAUAAUUGCGCCAACAGUUGUUGCCUUCUCACCAAGCUGCUUGCCUAUUGUCCUGUAGCCCAUCCCAGCCUUGUGCAGGUCUACAGUUUUAUCCCUGAUGUCCUUACACAGCUCUCUGGUCUUGGCCAUUGUGGAGAGGUUGGAGUCUGUUUGAUUGAGUGUGUGGACAGGUGUCUUUUAUACAGGUAACGAGUUCAAACAGGUGCAGUUAAUACAGGUAAUGAGUCGAGAACAUGAGGGCUUCUUAAAGAAAAACUAACAGGUCUGUGAGAGGCCUGAAUUCUUACUGGUUGGUAGGUGAUCAAAUACUUAUGUCAUGCAAUAAAAUGCAAAUUAAUUACUUCAAAAUCAUACAAUGUGAUUUUCUGGAUUUUUGUUUUAGAUUCCGUCUCUCACAUUUGAAGUGUACCUAUGAUACAAAUUACAGACCUCUACAUGCUUUGUAAGUAGGAAAACCUGCAAAAUCGGCAGUGUAUUAAAUACUUGUUCUCCCCACUGUACAUGGAAACCUCCCUUGACACUCCUUAGAACUGGGUUCUGAAUUAUGCGUUUCUGUCACCUGGGAUGUUGGGAGAAGCCAAACCCUGGCGUGACGCUCAUCCCUAGUGUUUUUAUUCAUUUCUGCCUGCUCUAUUUGUUGUGGUUUUCCUCCCCUUCCUGAUUUCCAUGUGGUUUCACCCUCUCACCCCCCCCCCCCCCCCCCCCCCCCAUCCAUAAUUGUCUCACAGUGACAUUGUAAAGCUGGUAGAAGUAUCCAAUGACGGCGGGCCCUUGGGGAUCCAUGUAGUACCUUUCAGUGCCCAGGACCGCAGGUAAAGCCCUCCCACCACUGGACAGACAGGCAGCAGGCUAUCUACACUACGCAGGCAUAACACUGCCAUGAUUAGUGAGGGAGGGGGGGAGUAGAGAGCGAGAGGGAAGCAGGGGGGAGAGAGAGCGAGGGGGAGGGAGAGAGAGAACGCUUAGUCCGCUAUGGCACCUGCAUCCUCAUGUGCCCCAGUACAACACACACACAUGGACCUACACCACAUACGUGUCAUGCUCACGUCAUGAAGUAAUUAGCUAGUUUACAGUGAUCAUGAUUGUUCAGUGUUUGCAGGUGACUGUCAUUUUCCUCCGUGACUCCUGUCUGAAGUAUUUUACAUGAUGUAAAGGUUGUACUGAGCAGUCCAUAUACACAUUUACAGUCCACACACGUCUCCGUUAGAUGUAAUGGAAUAAUUGAUUUAAUGGUCCAGCUCUUUCACAUAUGUCCACUAGCACAGACCUAGGAUUACAAUUCCUAGCCUGAUCCCAGAUCUGUUUGCUAUCAUGUCAACUCCUUGUCAUGCCAAACAAGACAAGGUGUGGCAAGGAAUGUCAUGAUGGCACAAACAGACUGGUACCCAGGCUAGCUUAUUCCCUACUGAUUCAGAGGAUCUUCCAACCAGAAGUUCUGGAAAAGCUGACCUACUCUGUAUUCAGUAUUUCAGUGAAGUCAGCAUUGUUUAGCAGUCAGGAAGCCUGAGGAGCUUUACUGCUGUAUGGAGGAUUACUGCUUUCUCUGACAGCCGUCACAGCUGAAGGCUUCCCAAACUCAAAUGUGAUGGAGCAGCAUUUCUCGAAUUCCUACAUGUUACUGUAUAUUUGACCAUUUUCCCUGUCAAAAUGCUAAUGUUCGCAUUUGUUUUGCAUAAGGCAGUUCAGUCAGGAGCUAAACUUGGCAUUCGGGUAGGGGAAAAAACAAGCACACCUAGCUACAGCAAUUAGACCUAUGCACACACGUACUGUUUUGGAAGGCAGAAGCCACCUAAAUUAGUACUGACAAACAUAACGCCAUCCAAAUUAAUAAUAAUUGAUUGGAUUUAUGUAACGCAUUUCUACCAACUGCGCUUUACAUAGUAAGGGGGAAACUCGCCUCAUCCAUCACCAAUGUGUAGCACCCACAUGGGUGAUGCACGGCGACCACUUGUGUGCCAGAACGCUCACCACACAUCAGCUAUCAGGUGGAGAGGUGAGGAGUGACAUAUGCCAAUUAGGAAUGAGGGGGAUGAUUAGGUGGCCAUGAUGGAAUGGGACCAGGUUGGGAAUUUAGCCAUGGCAAACACAAGUCUCAUAUCUCACAUCCACUUUUCACUUUGCCGUGAAUUAAAACCAUACACCCAAUCUGUGUUAGCCUGUGAACUGAGUGAGGACGCAGAUGACAUGGAGGACGUUUUGCUUAUCUCUUAGUCAUGAGCCUAUGGCCGUAUCCCAAAUGGCACCCUAUUCCCUAUAUAGUGCAUACAUAGGCAAUAGAGUGGCAUUUGCGACACACCUUAUUCAUGUAGAGCCUAGGUGUUUGCUGGAGCUUCAGUAGUCCUCCCCUUUCCAGGCCUGCUCUGAGUCUACCCCAACAAACAUAUUGAACCCUGAGGCCUCUUCCACAGCUGCCAGCCGUAUUACCAACGUCUGCUUCUGAAUGUUUCCAGGACUCUCGGCCUGUUGGUCAAGCGCCUGGAGAGGGGAGGCAAGGCGGAGCAGCAGGGUCUGUUUCCAGGAGAACGACUGCAUCGUGCGCAUUAAUAACGGAGACCUGCGAAACAUCCGCUUCGAACAGUAAGACACCUGUACCUACCGACCGGGACCACCAGUCCUGAGCCCCCCUCCGCUCCCUGCCAGCCCUCCCUUCCUUCCUCUCCACGGCCAUGUCUUCUAACCAAAGCAUGGCCUCUGCUGCCGCCGCUGUCUGUUGCUAAGCUAACCCCAUUCCUGUUUGACUCCUAGGUCGAUCUUACUGUAAGGUCUUGGUAAAAGGGAGGCUGCCUGCCAUUCCUCUCAGCCUCUGUCCUCUCCAUACUUGCAGACCUUUAUAUACCUCUGUAUCUAGCAGCUCCAUCUGUUGCUACUGAAUGCUAACCACUCCGUAUUUGACUCCUAGGUCAAACCUACCUCUGCUUAACCUGCUUAGCUUCUGAUUUUCAGUGCAUCCCCCGCCUUGAUCUGUCUCUCUCUCCCUCAGCUCCUCAGUCUGAGCAGAUCCUAACAGCCUAGCUUACUGCUGCUGCCUCCCAUCAUUCUCUGCUGCAGAUACUGUUCCAUAGAAAUAGAAUGUUGACUUCCUGCUUCAUUCCUAUUUUGUACACUCAAAAUGGCUGCCAGUCUACCCAUUAUGGCGUCAUUGACUUGACUGGAGAAGGCCAUUCUAUUCAUUCUAGUUUUGUGUUGUACGCUGCCUGCAUGCCAUUCUAGAAUCCAGCUAUAGCUUCUGAAUACAAUGUUAUGUUACAUCCCUCAUCAUGCUUUAUGUAAUGUUCUGUAUAAUGUUUAUGUCAGCAUAAACGGGCUGCUCCAGUUUUCAUGCUUUUCAGAAGCAUUAACACUAGUGUACUGUGUAAAACCAGCUGUCAUUUGUUUUGUGUGCACACAUACUCACACACACUCACAAUAACCUACGGCUAUUAUGUAGCCUAGUGGUUGAACAGGACUCCUGCGGGUAUUGCGGGUCCUGCGGGAUUCUGGUAGGAAUGGGAGUCAAGUUCUAGAGUCAAGUUCGGGACAGGAUCAACAGUCUACAGGAACGGGCAGUACAGGAAUAUGUUUUUGGGCGGAAAUAUGUAAUGUGUGGAGCAUUUCGUAAAAACAACUGUGUAGGCUAGGCCUAAUGUAGUUUACUUAAUAAAAAUAAAUACAAAAAUAUAUGUUCAUUUCCCCCUUCUUCUUCCGUCGGAUCACUCUCACGCCUCGCUCCAGUAGUACAUGGCUUGUAAAAAAUCAAACAGGCUACCAACUGGAGAGUGGGACAAGGGGCCUGAAGCGGCAUAGCUGCUCUACUCACUUUACCUUCAAGCCCAAUUGUUUGCGUAUUUAGCUAAACCCGUGCAAUCUGAGGUGAAGAGUGAAAUAAAAUAAAAUCAAAUUUUAUUGGUCACAUGCGCCGAAUACAACAGGUGCAGACAUUACAGUGAAAUGCUUACUUACAGCCCUUAACCAACAGUGCAUUUAUUUAAAACAAAAAAAAGUAAGAAUAAAACAACAACAAAAAAAGUGUUGAGAAAAAAAAGAGCAGAAGUAAAAUAAAGUGACAGUAGGGAGGCUAUAUAUACAGGGGGGUACCGUUGCAGAGUCAAUGUGCGGGGGCACCGGCUAGGUGAGGUUGUUGAGGUAAUAUGUACAUGUGGGUAGAGUUAAAGUGACUAUGCAUAAAUACUUAACAGAGUAGCAGCAGCGUAAAAAGGAUGGGGUGGGGGGGCAGUGCAAAUAGUCCGGGUAGCCAUGAUUAGCUGUUCAGGUGUCUUAUGGCUUGGGGGUAGAAGCUGUUGAGAAGUCUUUUGGACCUAGACUUGGCACUCCGGUACCCGCUUGCCGUGCGGUAGCAGAGAGAACAGUCUAUGACUAGGGUGGCUGGAGUCUUUGACAAUUUUGAGGGCCUUCCUCUGACACCGCCUGGUAUAGAGGUCCUGGAUGGCAGGAAGCUUUGCCCCAGUGAUGUACUGGGCCGUACGCACUACCCUCUGUAGUGCCUUGCGGUCGGAGGCCAAGCAGUUGCCAUACCAGGCGGUGAUGCAACCAGUCAGGAUGCUCUCGAUGGUGCAGCUGUAGAAUAUUUUGAGGAUCUGAGGACCCAUGCCAAAUCUUUUUAGUCUCCUGAGGGGGAAUAGGCUUUGUCGUGCCCUCUUCACGACUGUCUUGGUGUGUUUGGACCAUGAUAGUUCGUUGGUGAUGUGGACACCAAGGAACUUGAAGCUCUCAACCUGUUCCACUACAGCCCCGUCGAUGAGAAUGGGGGCGUGCUCAGUCCUAUUUUUUUUCCUGUAGUCCACAAUCAUCUCCUUUGUCUUGGUCACGUUGAGGGAGAGGUUGUUGUCCUGGCACCACACGGCCAGGUCUCUGACGACCUCCCUAUAGGCUGUCUCAUCGUUGUCGGUGAUCAGGCCUACCACUGUUGUGUCGUCGGCAAACUUAAUGAUGGUGUUGGAGUCGUGCCUGGCCAUGCAGUCAUGGGUGAACAGAGAGUACAGGAGGGGACUGAGCACGCACCCCUGAGGGGCCCCCGUGUUGAGGAUCAGUGUGGCAGAUGUGUUGUUACCUACCCUUACCACCUGGGGGUGGCCCGUCAGGAAGUCCAGGAUCCAGUUGCAGAGGGAGGUGUUUAGUCCCAGGAUCCUUAGCUUAGUGAUGAGCUUAGAGGGCACUAUGGUGUUGAAUGCUGAGCUGUAGUCGAUGAAUAGCAUUCUCACGUAGGUGUUCCUCUUGUCCAGGUGGGAAAGGGCAGUGUGGAGUGCGAUAGAGAUUGCAUCAUCUGUGGAUCUGUUGGGGCGGUAUGCAAAUUGGAGUGGGUCUAGGGUUUCUGGGAUAAUGCUGUUGAUGUGAGCCAUGACCAGCCUUUCAAAGCACUUCAUGGCUACAGACGUCAGUGCUACGGGUCGGUAGUCAUUUAGGCAGGUUAUCUUAGAGUCCUUGGGCACGGGGACUAUGGUGGUCUGCUUGAAACAUGUUGGUAUUACAGACUCCGUCAGGGACAUGUUGAAAAUGUCAGUGAAGACACUUGCCAGUUGGUCAGCACAUGCUCGGAGUACACGUCCUGGUAAUCCGUCUGGCCCUGCGGCCUUGUGAAUGUUGACCUGCUUAAAAGUCUUACUCACAUCGGCUACGGAGAGCGUGAUCACAUAGUCAUCCGGAACAGCUGGUGCUCUCAUGCAUGCUUCAGUGUUGCUUGCCUCGAAGCGAGCAUAGAAGUGGUUUAGCUCGUCUGGUAGGCUUGUGUCACUGGGCAGCUCGCGGCUGUGCUUCCCUUUGUAGUCUGUAAUAGUUUUCAAGCCCUACCACAUCCGACAAGCAUCAGAGCCAGUGUAGUAUGAUUCAAUCUUAGACCUGUAUUGACUCUUUGCCUGUUUGAUGGUUCGUCGGAGGUCAUAGCGGGAUUUCUUAUAAGCGUCCGGGUUAGAGUCCCGUUCCUUGAAAGCGGCAGCUCUACCCUUUAGCUCAGUGCGGAUGUUUCCUGUAAUCCAUGGCUUCUGGUUGGGGUAUGUACGUACGGUCACUGUGGGGACGACAUCAUUGAUGCACUUAUUGAUGAAGCCAGUGACUGAUGUGGUGUACUCCUCAAUGCUGUCUGAAGAAUCCCGGAACAUGUUCCAGUCUGUGCUAGCGAACCACUUUUUUAUUAACCGAAUCACUGGUGCUUCCUGCUUCAGUUUUUGCUUAUAAGCAGGAAUCAGGAGGAUAGAGUUAUGGUCAGAUUUGCCAAAUGGAGGGCGAGGGAGAGCUUUGUAUGCGUCUCUGUGUGUGGAGUAAAGGUGGUCUAGAGUUUUUUUUCCCUCUGGUUGCACAUUUAACAUGCUGGUAGAAAUUAGGUAGAACGGAUUUAAGUUUCCCUGCAUUAAAGUCCCCGGCUACUAGGAGCGCUGCAUCUGGAUGAGCGUUUUCCUGUUGAUUAAUGGCCUUGUACAACUCAUUCAGUGCAAUCUUAAUGCCAGCAUUGGUUUGUGGUGGUAAAUAGACAGCUAUGAAAAAUAUAGAUGAAAACUCUCUUGGUAAAUAGUGUGGUCUACAGCUUAUCAUAAGAUACUCUACCUCAGGCGAGCAAAACCUCGAGACUUCCUUAGUAUUUGAUUUUGUGCACCAGCUGUUGUUUACAAAUAUACACAGACCGCCACCCCUUGUCUUACCGAAAUAUAUUUACUUAUGCAAUACUGCCACUCAGGUUAUUAAAAAAAUAUAUGUAUAUGUUAAUGUGUUGUAAAUGUUCAUAUGUGCACAAUGCUCAGCUGUAGGCUACAGAUUUAUAUCGGUGCUGUUAUGUACAGACCAUCCUGCAGAGGUCUCUGUCCUCAUCCUUCAGCCUUAAUCGGUACACAUUUAGGUAAUUUAUAAUUCGCUCUUAUCCAUAGCUACUUAGGCCUACAGUCAGUGCAUUUAACUAAAAUAGGUAAGACAACCACAUAUCACUGUCGCAUUAAAUUAUUUUAAUUACUUCCUAAAUAAACACAAAAGCCUAUAUUUCUGCUCGCAAAAAUGAGCAUGGGACAGUAACCUCUAAUGUAGCCCUCCCACCCCUUCCUCAGAUAUCUUGGAGAAGCUUUUCUGCCAUUUUAGCAUGUGUGAAAACCCUGUCUGUUUUGAUAUAUUUAAUUCAACCACAGUAAGUUGGGAAUCAGAUUACAGCUUGUCUUGGACUUGAUAUAGCCUGAAAUUGGGAAGUCUGUUGCCAUUGGGAAUAUUAUUAGUGGCUGGGAAUACGGCUAGGAAUUUUGGCAAGUAAUUACAGGGUCGUUAUGAUGUCUGUUCAGCUGUUUUUAGAGAGAGGAUUUGUCUAUGUCUGCAUCCCAAAUGGCACCCUAUUCCCUAUGUUGCACUACUUUUGAUCAGAGCCCUAUAGUCCCUGGGGAAAAGUAGUGCACUAUAUAGGGAAUAGGAUGCCAUUUGUGACGCAUCCGAGAUGUCUAGCAAAGUCAGCUUUAAUGUACUGUAACAGGUGUGGCUAACAAGAUUACUGCUAUGGCAAGAUGACACUCACUAGAUAGUUUCAGUUCACAUCUACAUUACCUAUUGUUGAAGGGGUUUAAAAAGAUUUUUCUCCAAACGUGCUUUAGAAAACCCAUUCCUUUCAUCUGUAGCCAAAUGAGGGGUUACAUGAUAAAACUGGCAAGCCUAUUCUAAGCAUUCUUACUUUCUACAAGCUUUAAUCACUGUGCUGUGCAGGUGGCCUACCAGUAGUGUUGAAAACCACCACUAAUGUAGUGUGUAACGUGUGGGUGUGUCCUGAAUUGGCACCAUAUUAUUUUUUAUAGUGCACUACUUUUGACUGGAGCCUUAUGGGCCCAUUAUAGAGGCCAUUUAGGACACACUCCUCCUGUGCCAUUUGAGAUGCAGACUAUGUUGGGUCCAACAUUUCUGUGUUGACAGUUGUUUUGGUUCUCCCUCCUUCCUGUCCUCAGAGCCCAGAACAUGUUCCGCCAGGCCAUGCGUUCCCCGGUCAUCAUGUUCCAUGUGGUUCCCAACCUGAUGAAGGCCCAGUACGAGCAGCUGUCACACAAUGAGAGGAACCCCAACGUGGCCUACUCCUCUGGACGCUUCAGUCCCGACUCCCUAGCCAGCGAGCGAGGCAUCACCACCUCAGGCCUGGACCACACACCACAGGUGUUUAUACGUUUUUCUAUAUUGUCUGUCGUUGCUUUUAUGAUGCAAGGCAAAUUUCUGUUAAAACUGAUAAUAAAAUGCUGUCUUAUCUUAUAUCACAGAGGAUGUCCCGUGGUCCCCACCCUCACCCCGAGCAGGGCAACGCCUACACCUCUCUACCUCACCUCCAUGGGGGCUCCAUGGGCAAGCCCCCAUUAGGCCACGCCCCUCCAGGCCGCACCCCCUCCCCUCACAGGGUGCUAAACUCCACCCCCACGGCGGGCUUCACCAAAAAGGUCGGCAGGAGACUGAACAUCCAGCUCAAAAAAGGUCAGACAGCACACAUAUACACCUACAAAUCAGCAUCUGUUUAACCUCAGUAGGCCCAAAGUUCACAAGGUCAGGAAUACCUCCUGGUCCUACAUAUUAAUUGGUCUGAAUCCAUCCUUCAGAGACAUGGUUCUCUGAUUGGACCUUACAGAGAAAGCAUAGCUCUAAUCCUCUCCAGCCCAUCUAAUCCUGGCCAGGGGUCUAAGAAAAUUGCCUUAAGGCGUCAGCAUGCGUCAUUUCGGCUGGCGCCUAGCCGAACCGAACGAGUGUGCUUGCAUAUACUUCCUUAAAAUAAGUACUGUUUGUCCAUUUUGAGAUGCCGUAGCCAGUAUACACUUCCUCAAAAUAGUCAGAAUGAAUCUAAGAUAACUCAAGAUGUCUGUUAAUUUUGACGUUUUUGCCAAAGAGAUCUUAGUCACGCAAUUGUACAUCUAACUAAGAUGUUUGGUGCGGUAUUUUUCUAUGAAAAAAUGUGCAUGAAAACGAGUCGUCUCUCGUUGAAUGACAACAAAGAUUUUAUUGAAGAAUCCCUACUGUUGACCAAUUACUGACAAAGGGGCGUAGACUUCGGAUCCGAACUUUGGCUUCGCCUACAGAAAAAAAAUUGUGUGCCCGAACAACCGAAAAACUAACAAAACUAACAAAAACGUCACAAUAUCUAUAUAAUAUAUGCACGAACUCUACCGAACUGUUUGGGCUAGAAACACUGCACCAAAUCCCCUCGUUUCAGACUCCUAAUUAUCCUUCUGAAGACUCUAGCCUCUUCCAUGCCAGUCGGAAGAACUUAGGUGUUUUAUCUCUGAACACUCAAAAGUCAAAUUAUAAAAUACAACAACUCUAAUAAAAUAAAACAUUAUAAAAAGAAGUGUACAAGAUAAGCCAAGACAUACAUUAAAAAAAUAUUCCCAAUAAGUAAUGAAAUAAGUUAAAUUAAAUACCCCCACCCCCAAAAUACAAUUGCACACCCCAAAAAAAGAACAACAAAUGCCGGUAUAAAGUGCAGUUUGCCAGGAUGACAAAGACGGUAAUUGUGGUAGUACCAGUUUCAAGCAGGGCUGCUUUUUAGGCAUUAGGCUACUUGGAGGUGAAACUAUGAGAAAUCAAGGGGCCUAGCAUUGGGAAUUUGACAACAAGCUUUAGUUCAUUUCUUAAAUUAUAGCAGUAAAAACAGUUAAUUAUUCAUCAUUGUUUUUGUUUAUUUUAUUAGGUGUAUGAUACUUUUUAUACGUUUUUUGUAUACGUUUUUUAUAUGGAACUUUGCAUUGUACUGUGAAACUGUAGGUGUUAAAAUCCCAUUUGUCAACCAGCCUUUUUAGCUUGCCCUUUAAUCAAUGAUGCCUUUGGGUUUUGAUAUAUUUUAUUGCCGUGCUUGUUUUUUCAUUUUAUUGUUUUAAGUGUGUUGCUAUUUUAAAUACACUUCAAAUAAAGUUUGAAUUCAAGUUUGAUAUUGGAUCUUUAAUUGACGAUUGUAUGAGUAUAGACUCCAUUAACUAUAUAGUCUGUCAUUCUUCAUAAGAUGUUUUUAGAACUAGGUUAUAGGCCUACUAAAUAAAUGUUUGCCGUAGGUUGCCUGCUGAACUGGGGUGUGAUAUGAGGACAGUAGACAAGGUGUUAGGGGCUAUUCGCGUAAAUAUUUAGUGUAAAGAUCCAUGACCUUCUAGAGCCAACUAAUCAGGACUGGUCAAACUCUGACUUCUCAGUAAUGAGCUUCUACUUAUUAUCAUUAAAGGUAUUCUGACUUACAUGUACACACUUGGAAACAGGCCAUUUUACGCAGUGUUACUUUCCCUCAGUCUAAGAAUUUAGCCUCUUAGACUCUAGAAACAAAAUGCUUUGUUUAGGUUUGUGUGAUGAAGUUGGAUAAAUAAAUACUUGUUCUGUUUAGGAGGAACAUAGCAAAUGGUUUAGGUGGAAAGAUAUAAUUAUUAUAGUAGCUUCCAAAUAAACAAAUGCCAGUCUCAACUGAAGAGAUGCACACAUCAGAAAUUUGAUGUAGCCUUGAAUAAAGAUGGCCAAACGGCCUCCCACUUUUGCCUGAAGGGGUGGAUAGAAAAUGGGUUGCAGAUUCAGAUUGAGCCAUGAAUUCCUAAUGAAACACAUCUCAGGGGUGUAUGUAGUGACUGACAGCUGGACAGAGUUGACACAGCACAGGCCUCUGCCAUAGGAGACACACAUACCAGUCUGCCAUAAGGACCAGGUGUGUGUGCCUGCCAGGUCUGGGGGGCCAGAGGGCUUGUUGCUAAGCAGCCACUCGUCUGUGUAGUGUGCCCACUCCAUAUGGCACACCAGCCCUGUGUUGGGAUCUCGCCACUGUCCUGGACUCCUGGCCUGGAACCAAGCCAGAGUACUGAAAGGCCAGGUAUCAUGGAUGCAUCCCAAACGGCACCCUAUUCGCUAUUUUAUAAUGCACUGGUCAAGAUUAGUGCCCUAUAUAAGGAAUACUGUAGGGUGCCAUUUGGAAAGCAGCCCAUAACUCCCAACCUGGUUGGUUCCUGUUAAUAAGAUCCCCACUGACCACAUCCAGGUGUCUAUCAUUUUAUUGGGCUUUAGUUGGAGGCCUACAUAAACAUAGCGCUGUUAAUAAUAUCCACCAGUUACUGGAAGACAUUUCUCUUUCUACCAUUCCUUGUUUUUGUUUGUUUGCUUUGGUUGAAUGAGCACAGGAGUUGCAGAUUUAACAUUCAUUUAUGAGACUUCACCUGGCUUGUUUGUUACGUUUUGAGUGUAGACUAAACCUUAUUUGGAGGAUAGAUUUACUUGGUUUGUUUGCAUCGUAACUCAGACUCACUUACAAAACCCAAGCUGUAACCCAAUCAAUCUGGAAUUAAACUCUAUAAGACAUUGAGCAGGUCUUUCCUAAUCAAGCUAAUGUGUAUUUAAAGAUCCUGUGUACCAUAUGAAGUACGGCAAUGGUAAAGACAUUUACCGGUAAGUAUAAUACAUGCCCAUACUAUGGUGGGAAGUUGAUUGGCUUAUUGACAUGGAAGGGAUUUAGUGUUCUGAAACAGAAUCUUCUGAGCAUUCUGGAAUCCUCUGUUUACCGUACACAGCUCAAACAGCGGGAUUAGGCUUGGUAGACGUUCUACUAAGACAUUCUGAAUGUGGUGCCGUCUGGGAGAGGAGAGGUACGAUCCCCAUCCUCUACAGUCAGAUUCAGUCUGUCUCAUUAGGCCGGAAGGAUUCUGCAGGUCAACACUGCAUCUUGUCUCUUUUGUGUAUGGGUGGUCCUCUGUAGCUCAGCUGGUAGAGCACGGCGCUUGUAACGCCAAGGUAGUGGGUUCGAUCCCCGGGACCACCCAUACACAAAAAAAAAGAUUUAUGCACGCAUGACUGUAAGUCGCUUUGGAUAAAAGCGUCUGCUAAAUGGCAUAUUAUAUUAUAUUAUUAUUAUUGUCUCAACAUUCCAUACUAGCCGUCCAGAAUCUUUCCCGUGUUCCAUUUUCUUAUUGGAAUGCCUUUUUUGGUUUUCUAUGGCCAUUUGGACUAUACAGUGGGGAGAACAAGUAUUUGAUACACUGCAGAUUUUGCAGGUUUUCCUACUUACAAAGCAUGUAGAUGUCUGUAAUUUUUAUCAUAGGUACACUUCAACUGUGAGAGAUGGAAUCUAAAACAAAAAUCCAGAAAAUCACAUUGUAUGAUUUUUAAGUAAUUAAUUUGCAUUUUAUUGCAUGACAUAAGUAUUUGAUAAAUCAGAAAAGCAGAACUUAAUAUUUGGUACAGAAACCUUUGUUUGCAAUUACAGAGAUCAUAUGUUUCCUGUAGGUCUUGACCAUGUUUGCACACACUGCAGCAGGGAUUUUGGCCCACUCCUCCAUACAGACCUUCUCCAGAUCCUUCAGGUUUCGGGGCUGUCGCUGGGCAAUACAGACUUUCAGCUCCCUCCAAAGAUGUUCUAUCGGGUUCAGGUCUGGAGACUGGCUAGGCCACUCCAGGACCUUGAGAUGCUUCUUGUUUCGGGUCGUUGUCAUGCUGGAAGACCCAGCCACGACCCAUCUUCAAUGCUCUUACUGAGGGAAGGAGGUUGUUGGCCAAGAUCUCGCGAUACAUGGCCCCAUCCAUCCUCCCCUCAAUACGGUGCAGUCGUCCUGUCCUCUUUGCAGAAAAGCAUCCCCAAAGAAUUAUGUUUCCACCUCCAUGCUUCACGGUUGGGAUGGUGUUCUUGGGGUUGUACUCAUCCUUCUUCUUCCUCCAAACACGGCGAGUGGAGUUUAGACCAAAAAGCUCUAUUUUUGUCUCAUCAGACCACAUUACCUUCUCCCAUUCCUCCUCUGGAUCAUCAGACGAGCCUGGACAUGCGCUGGCUUGAGCAGGGGGACCUUGCGUGCGCUGCAGGAUUUUAAUCCAUGACGGCGUAGUGUGUUACUAAUGGUUUUCUUUGAGACUGUGGUCCCAGCUCUCUUCAGGUCAUUGACCAGGUCCUGCCGUGUAGUUCUGGGCUGAUCCCUCACCUUCCUCAUGAUCAUUGAUGCCCCACGAGGUGAGAUCUUGCAUGGAGCCCCAGACCGAGGGUGAUUGACCGUCAUCUUGAACAUCUUCCAUUUUCUAAUAAUUGCGGCAACAGUUGUUGCCUUCUCACCAAGCUGCUUGUCUAUUGUCCUGUAGCCCAUCCCAGCCUUGUGCAGGUCUACAAUUUUAUCCCUGAUGUCCUUACACAGCUCUCUGGUCUUGGCCAUUGUGGAGAGGUUGGAGUCUGUUUGAUUGAGUGUGUGGACAGGUGUCUUUUAUACAGGUAACGAGUUCAAACAGGUGCAGUUAAUACAGGUAAUGAGUGGAGAACAGGAGGGCUUCUUAAAGAAAAACUAACAGGUCUGUGAGAGCCGGAAUUCUUACUGGUUGGUAGGUGAUCAAAUACUUAUGUCAUGCAAUAAAAUGCAAAUGAAUUACCUAAAAAUCAUACAAUGUGAUUUUCUGGAUUUUUGUUUUAGAUUCCGUCUCUCACAGUUGAAGUGUACCUAUGAUAAAAAUGACAGACCUCUACAUGCUUUGUAAGUAGGAAAACCUGCAAAAUCGGCAGUGUAUCAAAUACUUGUUCUCCACACUGUAUGUCUUGUUGCUGUGUAUGUCCUAAUGUACCUGUGAUAUGAGGGCAAGUUCAAAUAUAGGCCUUCUCACACUUUUUCACACACAUCCAUCAGGUUCGGAGGGUCUGGGUUUCAGCAUAACAUCGCGUGACGUCCCCAUCGGCGGCUCGGCGCCCAUCUACGUGAAGAACAUCCUUCCCCGAGGAGCUGCCAUCCAGGACGGACACCUCAAGGCUGGGGACAGGCUGCUGGAGGUGAGACCCAAGAUGAAGGGAGUAACACUAACUGCCUGAUCACCCUUCCUAGAUCUCUGUUCGCAAUGGUUUAUGUUGUGUUGGCCUCAAAUACAGUCUGGCACAUACAGUGAGGGAAAAAAGUAUUUGAUCCCCUGCUGAUUUUGUACGUUUGCCCACUGACAAAGAAAUGAUCAGUCUAUAAUUCUAAUGGUAUGUUUAUUUGAACAGUGAGAGACAGAAUAACAACAAAAAAUCAAGAAAAAUGCAUGUAAAAAAUGUUAGAAAUUUAUUAGCAUUUUAAUGAGGGAAAUAAGUAUUUGACCCCCUCUCAAUCAGAAAGAUUUCUGGCUCCCAGGUGUCUUUUAUACAAGUAACGAGCUGAGAUUAGGAGCACACUCUUAAAGGGAGUGCUCCUAAUCUCAGCUUGUUACCUGUAUAAAAGACACCUGUCCACAGAAGCAAUCAAUCAGAUUCCAAACUCUCCACCAUGGAAGAGUAACACACUACGCCGUGAAGGACUGAAAUCCUGUAGCGCCCGCAAGGUCCCCCUGCUCAAGAAAGCACAUAUACAGGGCCGUCUGAAGUUUGCCAAUGAACAUCUGAAUGAUUCAGAGGAGAACUGGGUGAAAGUGUUGUGGUCAGAUGAGACCAAAAUCGAGCUCUUUGGCAUCAACCCAACUCACCGUGUUUGGAGGAGGAGGAAUGCUGACUAAAACCCCAAGAACACCAUCCCCACCCUCAAACAUGGAGGUGGAAACAUUAUGCUUUGGGGGUGUUUUUCUGCUAAGGGGACAGGACAACUUCACCGCAUCAAAGGGACGAUGGACGGGGCCAUGUACCGUCAAAUCUUGGGUGAGAACCUCCUUCCCUCAGCCAGGGCAUUGAAAAUGGGUCGUGGAUGGGUAUUCCAGCAUGACAAUGAUCUAAAACACACGGCCAAGGCAACAAAGGAGUGGCUCAAGAAGAAGCACAUUGAGGUCCUGGAGUGGCCUAGCCAGUCUCUAUACCUUAAUCCCAUAGAAAAUCUGUGGAGGGAGCAGAAGGUUCGAGUUGCUAAACGUCAGGCUCGAAACCUUAAUGACUUGGAGAAGAUCUGCAAAGAGGAGUGGGACAAAAUCCCUCCUGAGAUGUGUGCAAACCUGGUGGCCAACUACAAGAAACGUCUGACCUCUGUGAUUGCCAACAAGGGUUUUGCCACCAAGUACUAAGUCAUGUUUUGCAGAGGGGUCAAAUACUUAUUUCCCUCAUUAAAAUGCAAAUCAAUUCAUAACAUUUUUGACAUGUGUUUUUCUGGAUUUUUUUGUUGUUAUUCUGUCUCUCACUGUUCAAAUAAACCUACCAUUAAAAUUAUAGACUGAUCAUGUCUUUGUCAGUGGGCAAACAUACAAAAUCAGCAGGGGAUCAAAUACUUUUUUCCCUCACUGUAGACUUGUUAUUUAGGCUGUAAGGCUCAUAAUAGUGUCUUGGUGGGACCAAUUCAAGUGAAUGAUAGCAUAUGUGACCAACCGGCUCGAUUUGGUCUUAUGUAGCAACAUUUGAGAUUUUGUUUUUUACAUUGGAUAAAAGUAGAGACUCGGAGCUAGAAAAUUGUAUAUCAUACACUACAGUUGAGGAACAAUGGGAAAGUAAUUCUGCUUUGAAAAUUGAUCAACUUGUAACCUCACUUUUGAGAAAAUGGCCCUUGAAUGUUUUGGUACACCUACUGGAGAGAUCUUCUUUGUCUAUACCCAUUCAGAAUCGUUCACACCCUCUUAAGCUUUAGCCCCACCCACCUCUUUUAAGGAUUCACAUGUGAGGCCAUGUACUAAACAACCAAAGAUUUCAAGACUAAAUGCUGGUUUAUACUACGUGUGUUAAUUUAAUCAGGAGUGACAGAGUGUGCUCUGGGUGUUCUUAAACUCAGAGCUUUGUCAGAUUGUCUGUUCGUAAAUUCAGAAUGUUUCGCUCUCGGAGCGUUUAGAGCACACGCUGGACGCUCUGGCCAAGGAGUAGGGUUGAUCCGAGCGUUCUGUCCUAACAACAGCACCCAAGCUAACUGGCUAAUGUUGGCUAGCUUGCGUGCUACUUCCAGACACAAAUGAGAGAAUAGCUCACUGACCAUUUUACCCACCCUAGCAGAGCUGGUGACUGCAACUGUGCUGCUGGCAACAAUUUAGUUAUGCUUUUUUGCCAACGUUUACUGACAACGGCCAUAUUCAACGGGUGUUGAGCGUACGUAAAUUCGUCAGUUAUUCUGUGCUCUGGCACACUCAGACGAGAGUGCUAUGAAAUCAGAGUAGAUAGCCAGAGCGAAUUUACCAGCUACGUAAAUCGACAGUUGUCGCAGUGACAUCAUGACCAUUCUAUUGAAAUGGUUACUUGCAUAGUGGAGUCUUUUGUUUAGACAUGUAGCUAGCUAGCUAAACAAUGAACCAUAAUCCCAACUCAUAACGUUACUACCCUGCAUGAAUCUGCAGGUAGCUAACCAACCAGGUUCAAUGUUAGCUAGCUAACAUUAGGCUAUAACUAGCAAUGCAAUUGGCUCUGAGAUAUGAAUAAUAUUACUACACAGAUCAUACACGUAAUGUUAGCUAGCGAACCAGCCAGCUAACGUUAGCUAGCUAGCUAACAGUACACUUUAACUUGAAAUGUAAAUGACUUUCUGACAAGAUUAGAAACUUGUAAUAUCUGAAAAUGUACCUAGCUAGACUCUUACCCGUGUACAUGGAUGGACACUUCUCCCUCUCUGUCACAGAUGCCAUGGUUGCCCCUUUUUUUUUUUUUUUUUUUUUUUUUACCCUUAGUUUGAAGAUGUAAUCCGGAGAGGUGUUUUAUACAACAUCCUUCUGUGUGUUCUCUUUUCGACUCCGUCUGUAUAUUUGCAAUCAAACGCCAGAAUUUUAUCCAUCUCAUUAGCUAUCAUACUCUAAUUCCACUGAUUUCAAAACUCGGUCCUCCAGAAAGUGGAGAGCAACACUUAUGCAGUUCUACUACGUGAUAUAUUUUUUUAAAAGCCGCGUUAGAAAGGAUUACCUACACAUACUGACCAGCUCAUGUUAUAGACAGAAACGUGCUACAUGGCAGACCAAUCUGAACUCCUCUCUCAGCAUGUCCAGCCCACUCAUUAUCUCAGCCAAUCAUGGCUAGCGGGAAGGUUGCUGUCUUUUUCUGUGGCUAAACCAACUAUGCUUGUAAUUUAACAAUUUUAUUCGUAUUUACAGAUGGCAUACACAUUUGUUAAUAAGGCACAUGAAAGUUCACAUGUUCCAGAAGGCAUUUCUGCCCAAUGUUUUUUUUAAAGUUUACGUUCAAAUGGCUCUCUUGUGAAGUAGUGACGUGCGACAUAUGCCUAUUUUCCUGAAACGAGUCACAUAUUCCUCAGUGUGGGGUUUAGAGGUCUCAAUGUAUGUUACUAAUUGCCGUUUGUCUUCCAGGUGAAUGGAGUGGACCUGGUUGGGUUGACCCAGGAGGAGGUGGUCUCUCUGCUGAGGGCCACGCCCAUGGGAGGGGCUGUGGGGCUGGUGGUGUUACGACAGGAGGAGGCCUUCCUGCCCAGAGAAGUGGUAUGUCUCUCUCUGCUUUCCUAUCACCGCAAACUGUACUUCCCUCCUUUCUAGGACCCUUAGAAAGUGGAGGCCCCAUUUGUCAUAUGUCCCAUACUCUCAGGAAAGUUUGUGUUUGUGUGUCUG